AUGCCCGGGCGGGUGAUUCUGGAGGGCCGCGCGCGGCUGUGUGCGCGGGCGGGGGCGGGAUGUGUCUGGAGGGGGCAGAGCGCCCUCUCCCGGCCCCGGAGGGCCCACGCGGACCGGCUGAGCGUCCCACCAGCCGGUUCUGCAUCCACUCCCCAGAUCUGCGCGCCCUGGUGGGAGCACUGCAGCCCCGGGUCGGCCCUUCGAACGCCAGGCGUCUACCCGCGGAGACCAGCGCAGGAGGCGGGCCCGCGCGCAAGGAGGCGGGCGACAGGGUGGAGUCGCCGCAGCUGGCAGCCGCACGGCUCCACCUGUUGCAGCGUCGGAGCGCGCCCGCCUGAGAAGGCAGAGCGCGGUGCGGACCUCUUCUCCGCGCGCCGGCUGGCAGGGCAGGGCCGCGGCUGCCAGGAGGCCCGGGAACAGUCCCGACGGAGCGGCGCGGAGAGGGCGCUCCCCGGAAGCCCGUCCGCCCAACGGAUGCGCAGCGUUGGAGCCCGGCCGGAGGUCGGAGCCCUCGGACGCCGCAAACCUCGGACGCCGCUCAGCACAGCCCCUCUCUCCGUGCGCCCGCCCCGGACCCCCUCCAUCCCUAAGAUCUGGCAGCCGAUUCGGUGGCUCGGGAGGCCACAGGCUCAGCGCGACACCACGACCACAACUAGGAGGCACCACCGUCGAUCUACCUGGGGAGGCACCUACAAAGCUAGCAGACUGACACCCGCGUCCUAG